UGAAUACGGCCUUAGUCACAAUAACCUCAAAAUACUAUUUUAUUUUUUACGCGGCAGAUUUUUCAAACAUAUUGACGGAAUGAAGUUUCUGGCAACUCGAAAAAUGGUUUUCAUUGAAAAACCUGUUGCAAUACAAUACGAACUAUAAACACAGACUUUGGUGCUGCAGCCCUGAGUGGAAGACGCAAGUUUUGCAUCAAAUUGUGCGGGCAUCACCUCACACCUGGCCAUCAUUUUGAUACCGAAUUAUCGUAACGUUCGUCGCGACUGAAAGCGUAACGUGCGUUCGUCCGAUCGCGUGAGGAAGGAGAAUCUUUGCCAAGGUUUGCACAAGAGAAAUCGGAUUCUACCGGUCGAGUGUCCUGUCGCCUAUACAUAAAUUCGUCGCGCUGAAGCAGGUAAUUGUAAAUACGUGCCACAAUGCCAAAAAUGCCGAUUCGAAAAGCUAAGAGGGUUAGUGUGUUGACGCAUAAGAGAACGCAGUGUUUGGGAAAACAUUACCAGGAACGAUCCUACAGACCACUGUAUGAAAAAUUGAAGAACAACAACAGUUACUUGGCCAAGGCGCUUUCGAAGGAAAAACAGAAUAAUCAGUCACUGUUCUCGCAGAAUGUAGAGUUAAUUGGAGAAGUUCAGCAGUUACAUGUGAUAUGCAACACGCGAAAUACUGUAAUUUCUAAUGUCCUGAAUAAUUCGAAGGAAAUACUAAAAAUGCUAGUCACAAUGUCCGGUUAUAUGACAAACACCAUCUCUAUGUGUCAAGAGCUUGUCGCUCCCAAUGCUACAGUGAGAGUGUCGUCGGUAUCAGCUGGAAGGAAAGAAUCGUCAAGUAGACUGUCAACAAAAUCGCCAGCCAAAGGUGUGGUGAAGCCUAUGGUGGGUGGAUAUACCAUCACUAAGCCCACGAUUAAUUUAAGUCGGGUUAAUAUGGAAAGUAUUAACAAUAUAUCGAGACUGAGUGACAUAGAAGAAAUAGCUACGCCUCGUAGAAGCCAGGAAAUUGACGAGAGUAGAUCGCCAAUUAGUCCCUUACCCACCACACCUCUUAGAUAUGAAAAUGGUCGUACGUGCAGACUACCAGAAAGACUGACAAUUUCUUCACCUAGAGUUAAUGAUGAGCAGAGAUUAAGAAGGAGGAGAAAUAUCCAUUCAAAAAGAUUGUCGGUAUCUUUCUCGCGAUCGCGAAACAGAUGGUCCGAAAUAGAUGACGCUUCAACGAGUACGGGACAUAUUAAUGUAAUUGGUACCAGGAUUAGCAUUGAAAAUCAGGAGAUCAAUGACGUCGCACCUCACGAUGUAUCAGACAGAAUAAACGCGACAUCAGAAUCGCAGAUGUUUAUUAACUCGAACGAGGGAAACGAAACGCACGCAAACAUAUCGAAAAGAAACUAUGAUGUUCAAAUGAGCAGUAAGGCCUCUGACAAAAAUACAAGUAGAAAUUCAAGUGUAACAGAAAGCUUUAGACUGCCGCAGAAUAUUAGCAGAAAUUUGGAGGAAGAGGAUCCUCUGGAAGGUCCGAGUUGGCUGUUCAACAAUGUCGUGCCGUCGCGGGAUAACGAGCCAGAGGAACUCGAACCUGUUCACGACGUUUCCGACGUUAAUAAUAAUACAUCACAAACAAUCGCGUAUGACGAUGCGAACGCUACGGAAAAUAAUACGGAAGAGGCAUCAAACUUGAACGAAUCUAGCGACGUGCAAACUGCAGAGGAAGACUCAGCGCCCAUCGCCAAUCUUUCCGAGUUUGAAUCUCAUCCGCAGGAACAGAGUGCGGACGGUAUUUGCGAGAUGUCUCCAACGACGAGUGUGUCCAGCCAUGAAAGAAGUUUAGAUAAUGUACAAGGUAGUAGCGCGGAUAAUACAGUGAAAUUCGCGAGCUUCGUGACGCUGAGACGAGGGAAUUCCGAAGCGCCGGAAGAGACGGAGGACGACUUUACGUUAAUGUUACGUCAACCCUCACAAAAUAUGCAGUUCAAUAUCAAUGAGCUGCGAUUGCCUGUUUUGGAGGAAUCCACGAUAAAUAAUUCCACCGUCAAUAACAAGGUCAACACCGAAGUAACCGCCACGAUACCAAGAGUUACGGAUAUCCCGGUGGCGAAACGGAGUUUGAACGAUUACGAUCAUAUCAUGAUAAAACUGCCAUUGAUUGUAAUUGACGAUCACAGGAGAAUGUUGUCGCCGCAAAAGACUAAGCAUUCCAGUAAAAAUAGUAAAAAGUCGAGGACGCCGAAUACGAAAGACCGAACGAAACAUAGUGGAGCUUCCUCAACGGGUUCAAAUUUAGAGAAACCGAAAAACAAAUCGGAGAACAAUCGAGAUCCAAGCGCAGCGAAAGUCGUUUUGGAGAAGCUUAAGGAGUCUCGUGUUAAAUCAAAGAUUUCAUCGGCUAACGAUGCUAAUAACGUCACGAGAGGCACACCCGACGAAGAAGAAAACCUACGAGACUCUGAAAGUAAUACCUACUCUUUCAAUCGCCCUCGGCGAAGAAAGGCGCCGAUGAAUUUAACAGAACCUAAAUUGAAUAAAAAACUGAGACGGGAUUAGUGAGAAGGAUUGAUGCGCGAGGACUGAUCAAGAUUUAACGAAGAAAAUUGUUGCGUUAUCGAUUUCUGUAACACGAUACUGCCGAAUGCUGUUUUUCUUUCCGUAUAUAUGUAUAUCGAGUUUUUACUGGGUGAUGCAUACACGAAUCUGUACUGCGUACUUGUACAGCAAACUUGUCGGAGUAGUUCGAGAAUCGAAUUUCAAAAUCAACAGUAUUCAUUGAUUGAUAAGUGUCACGGUUGAUUCGACCGUCGCAAUAAUUACGCGGAAGUGACAUAUUCCAGAUAUACAUUAUUUCUUUUGCUAGUACGUCACGUGUGCCGCUGGCCUUUCGUGUCGCUAUUAUUCUGAACGUUGAUAUAAAACAAACGCAGGCUCGUAUAUCUUCCUUUUACAGUAUUGUAAUUGAUAUUCUUUUGUAUGCCACCAGAAUUAUUUUAAUAAACAUGACCAGGACGCAUAAA